UGUCUGGAGUUUCCAGGACUUAGCACACUGUGGUUGCUACGAUUAGGACAGUGCUGAAUGAAAGCAGAGCACGGGAAAGGGGGAGAAAAAGGGGAACAGAGUGAAAGUAAAAACGAAAGGGAAUAUCCGAAAAGAGUGUGGAAAGUACCAGAAGGGCAACACACAAGCCAGAGAGAGUGUGCGCGCGCGCGCGAGAGAGAGAGAGGUGUGCUCGUGAACAGGACGUAACUUCGCAGUUGCUCACGCGGUUGCUCGCGCGCACACGGAAAGCACAAGUGUGUUUACUGACAGUCAUUAAACUUUAAGUGGGCAGUCAUAAAAACAAAGCAUGAUGGGUACUACGGAGCGGAUGCGCCGGUAGAAGCAUGUUAUCGACAGUUUUAUUGCUUCUAUCAGUGUUCACUGUUCGAGGAAGCGCUUGCGAUGAGUUGCAGAGACAAACCGUCAGUAAUUGGCAGGGCUCUAUCAAGCGUGAAGAACAGAAAGGAUUUCCAGAGGUGUUUCCGAAAAACUACUACGUACAGCAUCAUUUCAAUGGCAGCACGCAGUGUGAAGACUCGUGCUGUGUGUUUAGUGCAGCCUUCCUCCUGUCAGACGCCUGGAAGUAUCUCCUGCAGCAUAUUGAAAGGGUUCACAUGAAAUAUACAUUCAUUGUUGAACUGAUCAUUGACCUUGAUAACAUUUGGAAAGGGAGUUUCCAGGACACACCAAAUCCCUCUGCCUUCCCGUCUGUCCACUCCUCUCCUAGAACUCUGCUCACCUUCACGUCUGAUGUCUUCUCUAAAUGGCUGGACCUAAACUGCCCCGAUAAAAAUUUCAGCUGUGUGUUUGCUUCUCCUGCUCCUCUGUUCACCGAUGAACAAAAGGAGCCAAAGGCAGAAAACAGUGCCGAUGUUGGAGGACUUGUUGAACAGGAGUCACAAUAUGGGAAAGAAGGUGAAAGAGAAAAAAGAUGGCUUACCAUCACCCCGAAGAAUGGAGACAGGGGGCUGUCUGCUUCUCUAGGAUUCUUUAUUUGUAUUCUUUGUUGUCUGAGGCUGCUGUUGGAUGUGAUGCUGAAUGAGCUCGGUUGAGGAUGGCGUUUCAUGUUGAAAGUAACGCUUCGAGAUCCUGGAUAAUAAGGCCUUGACUGUUAGCUACUGCAGUAAGAUUGGUAGACCAUAUUAAAUCAGGUCAGUGUUUGUUUGUAAUGAAGAAGAACAAGUAUUGGUGCUGAGUGUGUGGUGCUGGCUAUGGUAUGGUGGUCAUUUCAUAUCUACGGCAUUCCUUUGAGGGUUUUUGCUGAUAAACCUUAAAGCCAGUUGAUCAUAUGACAGACAGUGAUCUUUCAUACUGCAAAAUGUUGAUUGAUAAAGAAGAGUACUCUUUGUCACAGUCAGGAUCCUGUGAGCAUUGUGUGCGAGGUGGGAAAACAUCCUGGACAAGAUGCUAGUUCACUGCAUAGCAAAGAAGUAUUCACAUAAUAUUAUGGUUUGUGAUACAAAAUUGUCAUUCUGAUUUUAGACAAUGGCUAGUACAUAAUACAUAAAUGCUUUAAAAUAACAUCUGGAAUAAAAAUGGGAUCCAAAGCCCAUAGACUUAUAGACAAUAUUUAACUCAGAGCACUUUACUAAUCAUAGUAUAACAUUGUAACAAAACUGACAAUUGUUAGAGCAACUGUCAUAAGGUUUAUUGUUGCUUUGGAUUCACCUGAACUUUUAAAACUAUCCGAGUCAAACUAUUUGACUCCAAUAGGAAAUGUAUGUAUUUUUAAAUGUGUAGAAUUAUAAAAAUUUUAAAGUGGCUUUAUUAGUUAAAAAUAGAUUUGCACUCAGUUUACAUUCUCAGCCUUAUUUAGUACAACCUCAGUUUUCAUCUACAAUGAUGUAUACAGUUUUGUCCAAUUUAACAGGAAGCUGUAGCUAAAUGCAAAACAUUUAAUUCGUUCUUAACUUUUUUUUUUUUUUUUUGGGAAUUAUACAUUUUGUGCAAAUGAUCAUGCAUUUAAACGAGCAUGUAAUUUUUUUCAGAUUUUUUAUUUUUUAUUAUUUAUCGUAAGGACUAUAUGAUCGAUAGAGACACGGAAUAAUCUGAAACGAUAAGUGUGCAAAAAUAUUGUGUGGCUUUAUGCUUUAGGCAUGAUGAAACGGAAAAGGCAAAAUGAAGCUCUUUCUGGAUGUUAAAUUAUUUUGGAGACUCCUGACACUACAUAAAGCAGCUGAGUGAAGCUCCAAAACUUUGCGAGGAGUCUCAGCUUUUUGAAACUACUUUUUUUUUUUUUUACAUUGCCAGUCCUCUGCAUUUUUUUCCCCAAGUAACUGUCAUAGAGAAUUCGGCAGUGAGAAGCUUGCCAUUAAACCGCUUUUAUGGAAAGACUGACAGUAUAAUGCUCCAGAAGCACUAAACACGUGCUCAUCUGCACUUUGACUGCACUAAUGCUUUCCGUCCCUGUUGGGUUUUUUGUGUGUGUUUUUGUAGUCCUGCUGAAGGACAUUCCUUUGGUGUUAUGCAGGAUGUGAGUCUCUGACUAAAAUGUUUUUUUUUUUAAACACUGACUGUAGAACUUAAUUUUCCACGAUUGCACAAUACAAAACUCUGUAAGUAUGGUAUUAGGAUUAUUCAGUAUUAACAUGGUAUCAACAUCAUUUUUAAAUACUUGCGUUGAAAAUAACUCAGUUACAAUAAGCUUAUAGCGAUGUACGCUAGUGCUCAAAAUAUUAUCAACAGUAUUUCGGGAACAGUUCUGCACGGUUGUAAUGUUUACAUGAUUUAAACUGAUGGCUUGGAUGCUACCAAUAAAAAGCUCAUAAUGUAUUUCACUGAUACCAUAUAUCAUGCAAUUAAAUUGACUCUUAUGUGUGGUUUGAA